GGACUUUUCAAGCGGCGAUUGUAUUUGUUGGGUUUCGCGUAACCAAAUAGAUAUAGUAGUUUCAGUAUUUUUUGCCCCCCCUUCCUCCCCAGUCUUAAAUCGUUCGUCGUCUGUUUAACAUCACGAUGACGGAGGAUGUGCAAAAGCACUCAGUCCACACUUUGGUCUUCAGAUCUCUCAAAAGGACACACGAUAUGUUUGUGUCUGAUCAUGCCAAACAAGUUCCUCUGGAUGAGCAAAGUCACAAAGUGAAGCUGUCUGUCAAGCUAAAAGCAGACUAUGGUGCUGUGUUGCACAUGCCAGUCCUUAAGGAAGGGAAGGACAGAUCUUCACAUAUGCCUGGUGGCAUGCAAGGCCAUCAAAUCUACACACAGUCAGGAGAUGAUGCAGACUAUCUAAUUACUGGGACAAACGCUUACCCGUCUGGACCUGGAAUAGCUUUGACUGCAGACACAAAAAUUCACAGAAUGCCCACAGAGGGAGGAGUCCAUUCUAUGGCACUGGCGUUGCCACCCUCGCAAGCCAGGCAGGAAACUAGUCGCACUGCAGCCAGUGUUGGUGACAUCCUUAGACAUGCGGGAGGAGCAGAGAGAUCCCAACCCCCUUCAAGCACUGUGUCUAUCAUGGAAGGAGGUGGCACCAAAAAUUCAGCACUCGUAAGGAAAGCGCCAACCAUGCCCAAACCCCAGUGGCACCCACCAUGGAAGCUGUUUCGGGUCAUCAGUGGCCACCUUGGCUGGGUGAGGUCCAUAGCUGUUGAACCUGGGAAUCAGUGGUUUGUCACAGGGUCUGCUGACAGAACUAUAAAAAUCUGGGAUUUGGCUAGUGGUAAGCUGAAGCUCUCUCUGACCGGACACAUCAGCACAGUUCGCGGUGUGGCUGUCAGUAACCGCAGCCCCUACCUAUUUUCCUGUGGAGAAGAUAAGCAAGUCAAGUGUUGGGAUCUGGAGUACAACAAGGUCAUCAGGCAUUACCAUGGACACCUGAGUGCCGUGUAUGACUUGGACCUUCAUCCAACGAUUGACGUUCUGGUAACAUGCAGCAGAGACGCCACAGCAAGGGUGUGGGAUAUCAGGACAAAAGCCAACGUGCACACACUGUCUGGCCACACCAACACUGUGGCCACAGUAAGAUGCCAGGCUGCAGAGCCACAAAUCAUCACAGGUAGCCACGACUCAACCAUCAGGCUAUGGGAUUUGAUUGCUGGGAAGACUAGAGCCACUCUAACCAACCAUAAGAAAUCUGUCCGUGCUGUAGUGUUGCACCCCAGACAAUACACCUUCGCCUCGGGGUCUGCUGACAAUAUCAAGCAGUGGAUGUUCCCAGAUGGAAACUUCAUCCAGAACCUGUCAGGACACAAUGCUAUCAUCAACACUCUGGCUGUUAAUUCUGAUGGCGUGUUGGUGUCUGGAGCUGACAAUGGAACUAUUCACAUGUGGGAUUGGAGAACAGGCUACAACUUCCAACGGAUCCACGCCGCUGUGCAGCCUGGAUCCUUGGACAGUGAAUCAGGGAUCUUUGCCUGCAUGUUUGACCACUCGGAAAGCAGACUGAUUACAGCUGAAGCUGACAAGACCAUCAAAGUAUACAAGGAGGACGACACAGCAACAGAAGAAAGCCAUCCAGUCAACUGGAAACCAGAGAUCCUCAAGAGGAAACGAUUUUAAAAAACUUUUUUUUUUGUUUUGUUUUUUUUUGUUUUUUUACUAUUGUCAUAGAAACCAUUUAAAAACAUUUGUUCAACCAGGCCGUCUGUUGUAUUCAUAAUUAUUGCUUUCAUUUGGAUUAUCUUAAUGAGGAGACAAACUUAGAUUAGCAAAAGCUAUUUUGACAAUUAUUGCCACUUUUGAAAAAAAGAAAAGUCCCUCCAAUGCUUCCCCUCAAUCUAAAAACCAUUUGCAGUCUUCAGUGUAUGAUGUUAGCCCAAUAAAGCUGCCAUUUUGGACUGCCAGGAACAUGCCAGAAUGUUUGUUCUUGAUGAUGACGGCUCUCUCGGGGCUCUGGUUCAUCAUGUCCACCAACAGCAGCCACUCCUCAGCCCCAUGAGGAAGGGUUUUAGUGUACAAAUAUUCCCUGGUGGGGUCAAAGCCUGCGAAGGGACAAACAUUAGGCCCUCUCGGGUUUAAUGACAUGCCUCCUUGAAAAGAAUUGUACAUAGUGCGGCUCAAACAUUACCCAUUUUUCUGACUUAUAAUCAGAUGUUUAUCGGUUCAUUGAUUAAAAAUAAGACUCCCCAAGGCAUUCCUGUAUUUGACUUUGUGAAAAUGAACGGCAAUACAUGUACUUACCUAGAAAUCCAUUGGUGACGACGUUCCGGUAAUAUUUACAGUUGUCACCCUUUAUCUCUUCCCAGAAGCCAAGCUCUUCCGGUUUGUCGUGUAGCUCUACUGUGCUGCUGGUGUCACUACCUGGGUGAAAUAGCUGCUCACCUGAUAAAUCACAUCAUAGUUUUAGCUAAGUAUGUAUAGUAAAAGUUGAGGAACUGCAUCUUGCUUAAAACACGAAUGUUAAUGAUCCCCUGGAUUGUUCUGUAUUGAGCCAAGUUGCCAUGUAAAGGUUUUUAAUAUCA